UUUGGAGGGGCGAUUGAAGGCGACUGCCAUCCAUCGCAAGCGGAGGGAGGGGGCUUGUUUUUAGCAGCAAGGUCGUUCUUUGUGUCAAAAAAUUCUUAGUUCUGUUGUGACGAUACUCAGUUUAUAAUAAUACAGUGAGUGUUUGUGUUCCGUCGCAAAGGUCGUUGCGCGCGUAUGUCGUCCGUAGUCGAUAGUAAUUAAAUAGACCCGUACACUUCUAACGUUCCAAUGAGUUUGGGAGGAGGACAAAACACAGAUGGAUCAAACGCAGGAGGAAUAUUUGUUCAAUUUAACCAGGAUUGCACAUCACUGGUGGCCGGCAGCAGCCAAGGCUACCACCUGUUCGCGCUGACCCCCGACGAUGGGGUCGAGGAAAUAUAUGCGUCCCGCUCUGGCCAGGACACCUGUCUCGUCGACCGGCUCUUCAGCUCCAGCCUCGUUGCCGUGGUCACCGUCGCUGCGCCCAGGAAGCUGAUAGUGUGCCACUACAAGAAGGGCACGGAAAUAUGCAACUACAGCUAUAGCAACACCAUUCUUGCCGUCAAGCUCAACCGCUCGCGGCUGGUGGUAUGCCUUGAAGAGUCGCUGCACAUCCACAACAUCCGCGACAUGAAGAUCCUCCACACGAUCCGGGAUACCCCGCCCAACCCGCGCGGGCUGUGCGCGCUGGCCCCGGCCGCGGACCGCUGCUACCUCGCCUACCCGGGCUCAAGCGCCGUAGGCGAAGUACAGAUCUUCGACGCGGUGCACUUAAACGCCAAAUGCGUGCUUAGCGCGCAUGAUUCCGGACUAGCUGCCUUAGCUUGGAGCUCAUGUGGGCGGCGGCUAGCGACCGCGUCAGAACGCGGAACAGUUAUAAGAGUAUUCGCAGUGCCUGAGCGAGUACGCCUGUUUGAGUUCAGGCGUGGAGUGAAGAGAUGCGUGUCGAUCUCGUGCCUGGCGUUCAGCGCGUGCGGGACGUUCCUGGCGGCGUCGUCCAACACGGAGACGGUGCACGUGUUCCGCCUGGCGGAGCCGCCGACGCCGCCCACGCCGCAGCCCGGCGCGGAGGGGGAGGGCGGCGGCUGGCUGGGCUGGCUGUCGUCGGCCGUGGCGGCCGGGGCCGGCCUGCUGCCGGCGCAGGUGGCCGACGUGCUGGCGCAGGGCCGCGCCUUCGCCGCCGCACGCCUGCCCAUCCAGCCCAGCCGCGCCAUGGUCGCCAUCACCAACGUGGGUCGCGCCCCUCGGCUGCUGGUGGCGACGGCGGGCGGCGAGUUGUUCGUGUACGCGCUGGACGCGGCCGACGGCGGCGACUGCACGCUGCUCCGCACGCACCGCCUGCUCGAGCCGCAGCAGCAGGCGCCACCGGUGGUCGACACGCAUGAAGCGGAGGGCGCGGGCGGCAACAGUUACGCGGGCGCGCUGCGCGGCCGCGACCCCGCCAGGAUGUCAGACUCGGAGCGCGACUCGGAGCUGGGCGCGGCGCUGGAGGGCUCGCCGCCGCGGGGGCCCUUCGACCUGCGCGACCCCAAGCACUUCCCGCCCAUGCGCGUGCAGCCCACCCUCGACUAGGCCACACCCACACCG